AUGACCCAAACCUGUUCAAGGGACCUGGAGAAGAUACCUCUGAACUGGAAGAACUACUGCCAGAGGUUCCAAUUGCUGCUGCAUCUGGAGGAGCUCCAGAUGAAGACAGAGAUAGAGAAAUUCAACCAGGAUGUGCCAAUGUUCAAACACAAAAGCAACGCAGGCCUUCUCUUACUGCAGGUUACAGGUGUCUCUAUGAAGUCAACAAUGAUUCUGUCCGGGAACAAUGUUCUGGUGACUCCUUUAGACCAGACAGGAGUUUUCAAAAAAAAAGUCUACAAAGGCUGGAUCCAUCAUGUGGAUGCAGAGCAGGUCUUCCUGCAAUUCUCUGAAAAGUUCCUGAGUUGUUUCAAGGACGGCAUGAGGUUCAAUUUACAAUUUGCUAUCAAUCGUAUGCCCAUGCGUACCCAGCAUAGAGCAGCAGAGCUGGUGUACAAGAACAGACUGAAGGAGGUGCUGUUCCCCACUGGACAAUUUUCUUCCCACCGUUCACAUCUACACAGGGUGUUGGAGCUUGGGCACAACCUGGAGCAACGCACGGCUGUUGAACACAUUGUAGCUGCUUCGGCAAAACCUGCCCCAUAUCUGGUAUUUGGUCCACCUGGCACAGGCAAAACAGUGACUUUGGUGGAAGCCAUCAAGCAGAUAGUGAAAACGCAGCCGUCAUGCAACAUCCUGGCUUGUGCCCCUUCCAACAGUGCAACUGAUCACCUCUGUGAGAAGAUGCUGGAAGAAAAUAUAGACAAUGUCUAUCGCUUCUAUGCCUUAAGCUUCCCUGUGAUAAAUAUUCCCCAAAAUAUAAAGUUAUGCUGCAACCUGAAGCAACAAAAAGAAACACUUGUGAUUCCCUCUAAAAAGGAGCUUAUGAGGCAUAAGAUCAUGGUCACCAGCCUGCAAACUGCAGGAAGGCUAGUGACGGGAGGGAUUCCAGCAGAUCAUUACACUUAUCUAAUUGUGGACGAGGCAGGCCAUGCGGCAGAAACCGAGUGUCUCAUCCCUUUAGCAGGUCUACUGAAACCAGAUAAAUGCCAAGUAGUGCUGGCUGGAGACCCUAAACAGUUAGGCCCGAUCAUCUCGUCCAGAGUGGCAGAGAAACAUGGCAUGGGUGUGUCCAUGUUGGAGCGUCUGAUGAAUGACAUCGACCUUUACAAGUCACAUGAGACCCAGGGGUUCAACAACCGCUUUGUAUCCAAAUUACUGAGGAACUACAGGUCCCAUCCUGCCAUUCUGAAAAUUCCCAAUGAGCUUUUUUAUAAUGGAGAACUUCUACCUUAUGCUAAUAAAGUGAAAUGCAGUUCAUUCUGCAAAUGGGAACACCUGCCCAAGAAAGGUUUCCCUCUCAUCUUCCACGGAGUGGCAGGUACUGAUGAACGUGAUGACAACAGUCCCUCUGUUUACAACAUGGCAGAGGUGGAAGUGUUGAAGGAAUACCUAAAAGCCCUUGUGGAUCAUUUUCACAAAAAGGGUGUGACCAAAAUUGAGCCAAGAGAAAUUGGCAUCAUUGCCCCAUACAGAAAACAAGUGGAGAAAAUCAAGGACGCCCUUAAGAUGGACAAAGAUCUCAGGAAGGAGAACUUGGAAAACGUUUUGGUUGGUUCAGUGGAGCAGUUUCAGGGUAAAGAGUUCAACGUGACUCUGGUGUCUACGGUGCGCAGCAAUCCCAAACUGACUGCGCCAAAGCAACGAUUCACUAUAGGCUUUGUUGAUAAUGAGAAGAGGUUCAACGUGGCAAUGACCCGAGCACGAGCCUUGCUGAUUGUGGUUGGAGACCCGAGAGUCUUGAAAACUGACCAAAUCUGGAACAAAUUCAUCCAUUACUGCUUCAGAAAAGGGGGCUACCGUGGCAUCACAGUCUCUGAUGCAGAGGAAGAUCUGACUAAUCUACACUUCCCGAUCCUGCGUAGAGAGUGAUGCAGCAACAGCUGGACCUCUGCUGGACCAACAGACCUCACACACUCAUCUGAAGCUCCAGUAUUUAACAUAAAACAGCAAAAAUAAAGAACUGGUUGAGAAGCUGAUAACUAAGUGUGUAGUUCACUUAGGACAGACACAAGACAGACUUGUAGCCUGUUUCUAGAUUUUCUGAAUCACUGCCUUCAUCUCAGAUUUCUCGCAAAAAUGAAACUUAUUAAUGAAGUGAAAACGUAGUGGCAAUCUGAUCUAAUUAUCAGGUUUGCUUUGGUUGUAACAAACGGUGUCACCUGCUGAAAACUGACAGUAGAAAAUAUUGACUCACUUUAUGGAUUGAAGGAAAUUGUGUGGAACAAGAAAUUAUUUGUGCCAUAGCUCUUUUCUACAAUGGAGAAAUGUAUCUAAGACCGAAGAAAUGUUUAUUGAAUUACUUGGAGCACUUCCUGGAUGAUAAGCCUGCUUUUGAUGCCAACACAGAUUUUUUUCUGUAAAGAGGAAAAUCAAAACCUG